AUGCCAAACUUUCUGAUUGAUCCCCAGGACAGCCGAUUCACGCGGUACUUCGAGCGCUCUUCAGUCUCGACGCCAGACCAGGAGUGCGACGAGCCGCACUACUUUGACCACCCCUACACCUCGUACGACUCAUCGCCGGACUCGGUCCUGAGCCCGUUGCGCUCCCGGGCCACCUCAAUAGCCCUGAAGAAGCUCAUGGAGACCCAGAUGCAGAUGCUGCUUGACAUCAGCGCGGCUUGGAAGAAGAAUGCCGCCCAGCCCGCGUCCUUUCUCCCCGCCAACCCUAUCUUCCCCUCCGCACAGCUCCUCCGCAAGAUCCGCUCCAUGUCCCAGAAAUCCUCCGUCUCCCUCGCCUCCCUCGUCGACCGGCUCUCGCUCAGAGAUAAAGACAACUCCAGCCUCUCCGCAGACGCUUGGCCUCAAGCCCGCCGCCUUCAACCCGAGCCCAGCCUCAUGCUCGAAGCUGACCUCUUCAAUUGCAUCAUCAGCUGCUCGCCCUCGACCAUACCAACAGCAACCAACACAAGUGCCUCAUUGGGCACGCCUGGCUUUAUGGACAGCCAAAAUUUUCUCCUUAACGGUAUUGUUCCCAAGGAGCUUGGUGACAAAGGCCGCUACCUAAACGCAGCGCAUGGCCGCGCCCGGGACCUCUGUAAGCUUGGAAAACAAUGGGGUUUCAAGGGCGUUGAACACUUGUUUUGA